AUGUACUCAACUACUGUAUGUUUACAGGCACCUGUGUUCUCUCUGACGGAUAUUCGCUAUAAGCCUGUGGUUGUGCUUGUGGACGCUUGUCUGUCAUUAACCUGGAUUCUUUUUGUGUGGGGGGAAGACAUAGUGCAAAUGCGCCUUAUGCAACUUACGUUCGAUAUCAUUAGCUGCUGUUGUUUGCGUUUUUUCAUCACUCUAGCACUGUCUUCGGCUGCUUCACGGUCUGGUCAGCGCGAGGCACAAAGUGAGUCUGUGGAAAGUAGGUUAAACGAAGAUCUCCGUAAUAAGCCGAAAUUGGAGAUGCGGAAUUAUUUCGUCAGUGUACUCGAGAGCUUCAAGUUAUUCAAGAAUGUUAUGGCGGUACUCAAAUGGUCUUCACGGUGGGCUCUCACAAGCUGUGGAACUUUCCAGGUGCUCAGUUUUGCAAGAUAA